UUAUCAACAUGGAAAUGCAUCCAGAAAUCGCAAUUUAUCAAGUUAGAUAUGAAUAACCUCCAUUCAUCCUACACAAAUACAAAAUAAAUUCGACUUCAAACCCUACCACAUAGCCAUCCAAAAAAUAAAUCAAAAAUGGAUCAACCCACCGAACCCGUAACCAAACGUGUACGUGAACCUCUCCCCGUACCGUGAACCCCAAACAUCCCAAACUCUGCACCUCCUCCAUACAUUUAAUUUCUAGAUUAACCUACAUAUAAAGCUAAAUUUCCCCAGAUAGCAUUUACAGUAAGCGGACAAGUCCAAGGUAAGUUUAAGAUUUACCCCAUAUCUAUAACUUUACCUGAACAUCCAUCCAUCACGAAUACGAAACCACACUAUCUAUCUAUCUAUCCAUCCAUCCAUCUUUUACAAGAAAUAACCCCUGCCCCCAAAACCCACAGGUGUGAAUUUCCGCUCCUUUACGCAGAAAAAGGCCAAGGCGUUGGGAAUUAUCGGUUGGGUACGAAAUACUAGUGAUGGGAAGGUAUGUUAUAUAUCUCCCCCCCUUUCCUUCCCCCCCAACACCUAAUCUCCAUCCCCAUAUGUCCUUACCAACAAAUACUCCAAACCACCACCUUCUCACCCUCUCACCCCUUAUCCUCACAGGUAGAAGGCGAAGCCCAAGGCAACACAUCCCAAAUCGAAAGUUUACGCUCAGAUCUCAGGAAAGGACCUUAUUAUGCGCGGGUGACGGGUUAUGAGGAGAAGGAUUUGGAGUCUAAGCGGGAAGGGGUUGUGGAGGAGGAAUUUCGGGUUGUGAGGUAGAUGUAGAGAAGGAAGUGAGGAAGUGAGGAAGUGAGACGAGAUGAGUUUAGUUGAGAUGAGAUGGGGAAAAGAGAAUGAGGAUACUUUUAGGGAUGGGGUGUCAAGUUAAGGGGGAUGUGGAUGUGGGCGUGGGGAUUUAUGCAUUAAUAUGUAGGUGGUGUUUGAUGUUUGGAUUGAGGACUUCAGACGUGUGGUAUUGAUGGAGUAAGUAUUCGGAAAAAGGUAUGAGGGAAAGAUAACGAAUUUGUGAUGACAAGCCUGCUAGUUACAUACACGCAAGUGAUGUUCCACAACGAAGAAAUACAACACUCAAUGUAUUGAACCAUCACCAUCAGCCGUACAAAUGACUUGCCAGAAGGACUAGAUAUACAAACAACUCUUAAUUCUCAUAAUCCUC